GAAUUUGUUUGAGUUGCGCUCGUUUAAUAAACACUGUGUACCCGCCCGAGCGGGGUUUGACGUUCUACCCGCGUUUCGGAAUCAGACCCAGGGAGCACCGCCCAUUCGGCACAUUCCAUGCAAUUAUUCAAACCACUCCUGACUACUCGGCGAAGGCGGGAGGCAGAGAAGCGGAACUUUUAACAGAAGCUUGUUUAGUUCGAUUCAGUGGAAUGGCUCAAAGAAAACCAAGACACGAUAACGCCAGCCUUCCUUUCGCCGCUCUCCAGCUGCUGGCCCCCCCUGUGCGCCUGGUGUCGGCAGCGCUCUGGAAGGUGCUGAAGCAGAGGGACGUGAUGCAGUAUGGGGUUGUGGAGGAGUUUGUGACGUCCGCCUGCGAGACCGUCCCUGGGCUGCUUACCUUGCGACACCAGGGCAAGCUGGCACUGGGCCUGAGAGCGCGGUUAAUAUUAGAGUUGUGUCUCAAAUCUCCAGACGUCAACGUGAUUGCGCCGCAUCUGAAGAGGAUCCGCGCUCCUUCCUCUGCCUCUGAUGUGAAGAAAGACGUGAAAGUCCAGAAAACGGUGGAAUGUUUCCACGCUUUUGUUCAAACGCUGCUAACAAACCCAGCAGAGAAGGAGCACUUCUUUAAAGAACAGUUUCCCAUAGAUUACGGCCCCAAGUUUGACCAAGAGCUGGAGAAGCUGUUGUGGGAGUUUUUGAUCCGACUGGACCAGUUGCUCCCGGUUCCCAACCUCGCUCAGACGGUGUCGUGGCUCAGCACUGCCCCUCCCGUCCUGGAGGAGUGCGCGCGAGCGGCCACUCAGCCACAGCUCCUCAAGAUCUUACUCCAACACCAGACCUGUCUGGGUCACCUGGAGGCAGCAGCGUCUCUGCCCCCAAACAUGGGGGACUCCAUCCUGGCUUCCCUUUCUCUGCCCCCAUCUGGAAAACUCCCGUCAAACCAACCAACAGGAGCCGGUCUGUCGGCCGCCGAGCGGACAGACGCCUCAAAGCCAGCAGAGACGGCGCCGUUUAUUACGCCCGUCAUCGGACUCAUUUCUAACGACAGCGUUCCAGCCAUGGUCUCUGCCAGGAAAAGGGCAGCGCACGGCCACGACCAGUCCAAGUCCAAAGAUGCAGCGGGGGACCGGCAGGACCCAAGCAGGGAAUUCACUCUGGUCAAACAGAGACCAGAGCCCGUCGGAGGGGACCCGGGGCAGAAACGGGUGGGGGAGGGGAGGAGUUCCUUCAAUCCAAGCGGUGGAGGCAAACGCAAGCGGCCGGACGCCGCAGAAACGGACUCCGAGGAGGAAGAGAUGUCUGAGGGCGCACCCGGAGAAAAACGGGUCGCCGGGGACCAGAGGCCCGGCGAGACCGCGGAGGACGGAUCGGAAACCGUCGAGAACAACGACCGCAGCAGAGAACUCCUAAAUGUUUACGCGAGGAAGCCCGGCGUGGAAAAGCUACGCCUACCCGAAGACCCGGCCCUCCGCGCGGCCUUUGCCUCCUGCCUCAGCAGCGACCCCAGGGUUGUCAUCCAAAAACUGCCAUUCUGUCCCGCUAGCACCAGCUGGUCCGGAGGAGGCGGCGGGUCCUUCUACAAGGAGCAGCAGAAGAAGACGUCCUCAGCGUGGAAACCAACCAGGGGCUGUCAGACAGCUGCAAGUCCUGGCCUGGACGACAAAGAAAACCAGCCGGUGCCGUCCGGUGGGAGCGGCUCUCCUUCCCAGCAGAGGAGUCACGCAGGAGACGACUACGUAGCGGACUCUGAGGACGAGGCGUCCAAGAACUUCAAAGGGAGGCUGUUCAUGAAGCGAUACUACAAGACCAAACACGGCACAUACGUCCCCACCCUGAGGGAGUUCUGGAAACCCGGGGUGACCCGACGAGACCUGCUCUCCGCUGCCAGGAAACGCAGGUGACGAAAGGGGCUGGGAAACCUUAACGAGGCGCGGAGUGCCACUUUCCUUUUUGUUUUCAUCCUAAUGCACAGACAGUUUAACAGCUGCUUGAAAUGUAGAUGAAUUUGAAGGAGGCAUCAUGGGAAACCCAACACAACAGUAGCCCUGUAGCUCUUUACGGCUCUUGUGUGCGU